UUGCAGUGAUGUCCGGCUUGGCUGUGCUGUGUUUGCUGCUUCUGCAGACUGGCGCUCAUGGUUUUGGUAUUCUUCGUAACGGAGAGUCUCUGACCCACGAAGCCAUCACAGAGAGAGCCGUCCUAAACGUCACAGUGCAGGUGUGCCGCAGCCUGGCUCAGUCUGAGGGCAGGGAUUUCACUUUUCCUCGUCAGCCUUUCACUGCUUCAUCUGUUGCUGCUGCCUGCGGAGCAUCAAAAUCCUUAAAAAGUUUCAUCGAAACCAUCCAGCGGAUUCAGAGGAAGAACAUUCAAACGGACAUUAUAUAUGGCCUGAGCGCUCGUCGUCACUGUGACAAUGAGGAGCUGGACGAAGGGAAGAAGAUAGUCACAGACGGUUUAUCGGUCAUCAAGGCCUCCAAUAAGCAGCAGAACUUUGUUUCAGCCGUGGAAAAUCUUGGAAGGAUUUUACACACUUUACAGGAUUUCUACAGUCACAGCAACUGGAUGGAAAUAGGCCACAGAUCCCCAAAUAGCAAUUUGAUCAAAGCGAACGUCCGUGUUGGAAACGUAGCAGCUAAAACCAGAGCAACCUGUCAAAGCUGUAAUGGAGACGACUGCAGAAACAACAUUCGGAGCGACAUUCUGCGAAACAACAUCCUCACUUCAGGAUAUUUCAGUCUGGUUAAUCCUUUUUCUAAGCCCUCAGGAAAAUGCAGCCAUGGCGGUGGACUGGACAGUACAAGUUUAAUGGAACCGAAAGGUGGAAUCAGCAAAGAUACGCUGGACUCCAGUCAUGGACACCUCCACUCUCAAGCAGCCAACAUGGCGAUAGCAGCAACCAGUGAGCUGCUGGAGGACGUUCGCAGUGCAGCUGGGGACAAUGCUUUCCUUGAGAUGAUGGGGCUGUUCAAAGGGAAACCGUUGUGUUUUGUGGUCGACACAACAGGAAGCAUGGGGGAUGACAUCGCUGCAGUGAAAGAGGUCACAGCCUCCAUAAUAGACAGCAAGCUGGGAACACCGGAUGAGCCGUCGAUUUAUGUUCUGGUUCCCUUCAGUGAUCCAGAGUUUGGGCCACUGAUUCGGACAACAGAUCCAGAAAUCUUUAAGGGCUACAUCAACUCUCUGAAAGCAGCUGGAGGUGGAGAUACUCCAGAACUGAGUCUUUCUGGACUUCAGCUAGCUCUGACUGGCGCGCCUCCCAAUUCUGAGAUCUUUGUUUUUACCGAUGCUCCGGCCAAAGACAAACACCUGAGAAACCCGGUGAUCGCUCUCAUUGAGCAGACCAAAUCUGUGGUGAACUUCAUGAUAACUAAUGUUCUUGGGAUCCGUCAACAAACACCAGGAGAGGGCAACCAGCAACAAAGCUACCGCAUGGCCAGAGCAGACGGCCAGCUGUACAAAGACCUGGCUCAGACCUCAGGAGGUCAGGCUGUCAAAGUCUCCAAAAGUAAUCUGCUGGAGGCCAUCGACAUCCUGACUGAGUCCACCAGCUCCUCUCUGGUGACCCUCCUGCAAGCUUCCAGGAACCCUGGAAAAACUGAAAACUUUACCUUUUCAGUUGAUGAGUCAGUGAGAAAUUUGACGAUUUACGUCACUGGAAGUAACGUUGAGUUUACGCUCAUCGAUCCCUCAGGUGUGGUUCAAAACAAUGUGGCUACAUCAGGAUCUUCAGUCAUUUCCUCCCAGACGGUUGGAAACCUCCACACCGUGAAGUUGCUGACGCUAGCAGGAGUUUGGGAAAUAGGAAUAGUGUCAAAAAAUUCCUACAGUCUGAAAGUUGUAGGAGAGAGCUCCAUUGACUUCCUGUUUGACUUCAUUGUGGAGUCUGACGGUCCGUUUGGAGGAUUUGAUGUAAUUGACAAUCGACCCACAGCUGGAGGAAAUGCCAGUCUGCUGGUGACUCUGUUUGGAAGCGACUCUGCCCCGGUGACAGAGGUCACGCUGGUCGAAUCGUCGGGUUCUGGUCAGGUCAACGGCACCGUGGAGGCCCAGGGUGGAGGACAAUAUAUCGUCCGCUUCGACAGGAUCCCAUCGGUUGAGUUUGUUGUGCUUGUGAAGGGCCAGAACAACAACGGCGUCUCCAGAGCUUCUUCAGGGAUCUUCCAGAGACAGUCGACCACCAGCCUGAGAGCCUCCGGUCUCACUGUCGCUGUCGAUGAGUACGACAUCGUGUUGGAGCCAGGAACACUAAAAUCAGUUCUUUUCUCUGUGAUGACAACCGGCGAAGGAGGACGCUUCUUAAUUCAAGCCACCAAUGACCAAAACCUCCCGCUGUUUUACCCAACUAAUUUAGUCCUGAGUGCUGGAGGUAGUGCCAACGGGACGGUGAACGUCACAGCGCCUGCCGACACGCCGUCCGGCACCGUCAUCACUCUGACCGUCGAGGCCGUGGCUCCUGGAGGGACGGACACCAACUAUGUUGUGCUGCAUCUCACAGUCCUGCCAAAAGUGACUGAUUUCACUCCACCAGUGUGUAAACAAUUCAGCCCGCAGAAGAGAUGCUCUAAACACUGCGACCAGUUCAUGUGGGAGGUCUCCGUCCAGGUGAGCGACGGCGUUAACGGGACGGGUGUGGACAGCGUCAGUCUCAGAGAAGGCAGCGGCACGAUGAACAUCACCACAGCAGCGGAUAAUUCAACCUUAGUGACUUAUGCGGCUUCCUGCUGCUCUUCUAAAAUGCAGCUGGUGGCUGUGGAUCAAGUGGGAAACGUGGAAAUCUGUAGUUUCUCUGCUGCAUGUUGGUCCUCGAGAGUGGAUUACUCAGUUUUACUUUCCUUUGUCUUCACAUUCCUGAAAGUUUCCUUGUAGCUCCGGACGGUGAUCAUCAGAAGUGCCCAACUUAUGAACCAUGUUGGAAAAUCGAAUCCUAACUAAAUGUCAGCUUCUUUUUUAUUUUUUUGCCUUUUCACAGAAUUGGACAGAAAAUUCCAAUUUUUGAUUUCUAAACCAAUUUCUGUUAAACAAAACAACUAUGUCAUGUCUGAAGGUGGCACCCAUAUGAAAAUACACCAAGGCGUUCGUCUGAACUUAAAGUUGAGUGUUACAGUUUUUGUUUUAUUUUUCUGACGUACAAAACAAUUCAGCUGUACAUCCAAUUAGAAGACCUUCUAUAAAAAACACUGAAACCUGACCUUCCUGUACACUUUAAAAAGUCAGGGUUUCCCCCAGGAGAUUAUAAGUCUGGCGGGCCACCAGGCUUUACUUGUGCAACCACCAGACUUAGCAUUGAUUAUUUAUUUAAGUCUUUUUAAAAUAUAUGCAACUUUAUAGUUGGUGCUCAGGUCCAAUCUUUCACAUAAUUAUCAAGUGAUAUUUUCAAAUUUCCUGUCAACUUUAAACAAUAUUUUAAUCUUCCUACUCUUUUUCAAAACGAACAGUAAACAAAUUAUUUAUUUUUGGUUAAGUAUGUCCUACUGAUUGUUUUUAAAAACCUGUUUGAAAUAAAUUAAUCAAACUUAAACUUAAAAAUGUUAAGCUUAAGUUUUUUUGGAGGUUUUGAGUUGAUGAAUGUCAAUCAUUUAAUCCUAGAAAAAUGGUCAAAACUGUUUACAUGAAAAAGCAAAAAAGAAAAAAAAGGUAAUUAUCUCAUCUAUGCUAGAAAAUAUUUGAUCCCUGACUCAAACACAAUCACACUGUGUUCAUAUUGUGCAGAGUUUUGGUUUUCAUUUGUGUUUCUAUCAUUUCCUUGUUGCCUUUUCUCUGUUGUUUUGUUCUUACUUUCCUUCAUCCUGCCGCUUGGCUCCUUUCCACAGCUGAUCCCAGUCACCUGAUCUGCUCACCUGAUCUGCUCACCUGAUCUAAUGUUUUCAUCCACUCAUCCCUCCAUAUUUAAUUUGAUUAAGCUGUUUGUUGUUCUUUGCUGGUUUUUCCUCCUAUUAUGUCUGUUAAAUUGCUCGGCUCGCUGCCUGUGGUCCGUCACUUUUUGUUCCUACAACUUCGCCUGUGAAUUUUUCUUUUUUGUUUAUUAUUAAAUAUGUCCAGUGAAGCUCUGUCUGUCUGUCUGUCUGUCUGUCUGUCUGCCGACGGAAGCGGAAAACAAUCAGCCGGCUUCUUGUCAACUGGUCUUAAAUAUGGACCGGUUUGGUCCAUGUUCAACUUAUCCGAUCAUUUCUAGAUGAUCAGAUAAGAGUUUCAACAUACCAAGCAGGAGAAAUGUGAUCUUGUCUUUAACAUCAGAUAUGAUAACAACACUAAAUUUCCAUGAUCCUGUUUUCCAAUUCAGAAAAAAUCUGUAUUAUUUACAAUGAAAUAAUCAGUUAAUAUUUUUAUUAAAGCUGAAACAAACUAUACAAGUGGAUUUAGUUCUGGAGAAGUCGGAUGUGGAGGUGAACGGUUCAGUCGUUUCAAGUUUUUCUUGCCUCAUCACAAAUAGAUUCAUGUUUUUACAAGAUGAUAAAAUGUGAACUUUGCAGAGUUUAAAGAGUUUUAACUCCUGUCAGACUAAUGCAGAAUGUUUUUCUGUUACAUAUUGUGAAUAAAACACCAGGUGGACUGAACAUGUGCAUCAUAUUGCAAAUGCAUCUCAAAUGUCGCUGCAAUAAUCCUGCUUAUUCUCAUGCUACACUCCCAUUUUUUUGUUUUAAUUUAAUUAAUUCAAAUGAAAUGUUUUCAAUUUAAUGUUUUUCCUUAAACUUUCUUAAAACCACAUUUCUAAACCUCAGAUUUCCUUAUUUACAGCAGCAGCAGUGGGGUGUUAUUCUUGUAGUUAUUGGUUAAGCUUCCAGAAACUUAUUUAUCCAAUAUUUUAAUUAUGUAGCAAAGUGAACUUUGGCCUCUUAAGAAACCAAAAGUGAACAUGCAUGAAUCUUGCUCAGUGGCUUUUGCAUCCUGUUUCUAAAGGGACCUGCCAGGCAUGAAAAUAUGAAAAGAUUGCAGAU